UGUUUCUUUUGGUAUUUGAACUGUUUGGUCUAAUGGUCACACUGGCUUUAAAGUAUUUACUUUGUGGGCGACCAAAUAAACACAAAUCACGAAAAUUGCAACCCGGCUAUAAAACUGAAAGCUUAAGAUGUCCACUGCUGAAACACAGGUAUCCAGUUUACCCAUGCCACCGGAGCGUUACAUCAGCAACUACACAGAGGAAAACAUUAGGAGAAAUCGAGCACCGCGUCCACCUCCACCGCCGUCUCAGCAUGAAGUUUACAGCAUGUUUGGUAUACAGUACAACAACGACGAGAUGAUACGCUCUCUAGAGUCACAGAAUAUCAAGCGUCUGAUACCCAUACACUUUGAUCGUCGCAAGGAGCUCAAGAAACUGAAUCACUCGCUGCUCGUUAACUUUUUGGAUCUAAUUGACUUUUUGAUACUAAAUCCCGAUAGUCCGAGGCGCACAGAAAAAAUUGAUGACCUCAGUCUGCUCUUUGUCAAUAUGCAUCAUCUUCUGAAUGAGUUUCGACCGCAUCAAGCCCGCGAAACUCUGCGCGUAAUGAUGGAAAUGCAAAAGAGGCAGCGCGUUGAAACGGCUACACGUUUUCAAAAACACUUGGAGCGUGUUCGUGAAAUUGUUAAUAGUGCCUUUGCAGCAUUGCCAACACUCUAUGAUGAUGAUGAGCAUGGUGGUGCGAAGAUUAAAAUGGAAGUAGAUCCCCUCGAAUCGAAUGCUGCUGCCAAAAAUGAUCCAAGCUAUCAGCAUGAUCGCAUGAUGUGCAAAUUGGUGGAUUCCAUUGACUGAUACAUUGACUAUAAUACGCGAACUUUUACAGAAAUGCAGCAGAGACACUUUGUUAACCUGCAUCUGCCUAGGCGUAGAUGACAUAUAUAUAUGUAAAUUAUUUGCUAAUAGAAAUACAUUUUUAAAUUUUAUAUUG